AUGGAGAGAGAAAUCCCCGACGUAGAACUAUUCCCGCGUAAGCGCGUCAAGAUCUCAAACAAUGCGGACUCAUCAAAUUCUUCAAUUGGCCCCGUCUCUGUGAUUGAACCUCCCGCCGCAUUGGACAACCAGAAUGCGCAGGCGCUGAAGGAGGCGGAGGUCGGCAUCACACAUUUUGUGAGCCCUCAUCUACCUGGCUUUUCCGGUAUCUUGAAGAAAAGAUAUACUGACUUCCUGGUCAAUGAAAUCCUCCCUUCAGGCAAGGUUCUCCACCUGGAAAACCUCGACCUGCCCCAGCCGUUUAAGGCAGCCAUGGGCCUCUCUGAACCCUCAAAGCCUGCUCCCAAUGCCCUUGAAAAUAAUACAAGCUCGGAGACUGCGAAAGGAACGGAGAAUGGCACGAUGGGUGUUGCAGAAUCCACCUCUGGCGCUGGAGUAGAUGCCUCGAAAGGUACUCCGGAGGCUCACUCUUUCCAGAUGUCGGAUGAGGACAACAAGCUGCUCGAAGAAUAUUUCGGUUGCGAAACUGCACAGCAGAUCUUUGCCCUGCACAAUCGCGCUCUUGCGCAUCCUAUCGCAAAAGCAAGAGAUCUGGGUCGCGUGAAGUCCGGCGUAAUUACAGACAAAGACAUCCGCACAAAAAUCCAUCAGGCCAUCAGACGUAUAUUUGCCUCGCGUCUGGAAUCAUCCACGGAUAAUGACGGCGCCAUGGUAAUAACUGCAAUUCCCGUAUCGCGCAAAGGUGCCCAUGGGAGAGGAGGCAGAGGAGGAGCGGGGGGCGACUCUAGAAAAGGGAAACUGGGCUGGAAUGAACUGGGCGGAGAACAUCUACAUUUUACAAUCUACAAGGAGAACAAGGAUACCAUGGAAGUGAUAAGUUUCAUAGCUCGGCAGAUGAAAAUAAACGCAAAACAGCUCGGUUUUGCGGGGACGAAGGAUCGACGCGGAGUAACGGUCCAACGGGCAAGUGCAUACCGCAUCUACGCUGACCGGUUGUUGAACGUGGGUAAAUCGCUGCGGAAUGCUGCUGUUGGCGACUUCGAGUACCACCAGCAUCGUCUGGAACUUGGUGACCUGAACGGCAAUGAAUUUAUCAUUACGCUUCGCGACUGCCAGUUCCCGUUUAAUCCGGAAGAAAAGGGCGCCAAUUCCGUUGCAAGGGCCACUGAAAUUGUGUCCAGGUCUCUUCACGACCUUCGCCAGAGAGGUUACUUCAAUUACUAUGGCCUGCAGCGUUUCGGGACUUUCUCAACCCGCACUGAUACGAUUGGGUUGAAGAUGCUUCAAGAAGACUACAAAGGUGCCUGCGACUGUAUAUUGCAUUUUAACCCCCUGGCGCUGUCUGCAUCGCAGUCACAAUCGCAGCCAGAGUCCCCGGCCAGCAAAACACUUAUAAGUGCUGACGACAUUGCGCGCGCAGAGGCAAUCCACGCGUUCCAAACGACAGGUAAAAUAAAUGUGGCGCUCAAUAAAUUACCUCGCAAAUUCUCUGCUGAGUCAAAUAUCAUCAGACACCUGGGUCGCCAUAAGAAUGACUAUUUUGGUGCGCUGGGCACCAUACCUCGGAGUCUCCGUCUCAUGUACGUCCAUGCAUACCAAUCGCUAGUGUGGAACUUUGCAGUCGGGGAGCGCUGGCGAUUAUACGGCGAGAAGGUUGUCGCAGGCGACCUUGUUCUUGUCAACGACUUCAAGGAAAAAGAAGGAGCUAGAGCCGCUGGUGGUACCGAGGAAUUUGAUGCGGAUGGCGACGUCGUCAUUCUUCCAGAUGCGGGGGAUAGCGCCCCCGCUGCGGACAUGUUCGAGCUCGCUCGUGCCCUCUCCGCCGAGGAGGCUGCGAGCGGCAAAUAUAGCAUCUUUGAUAUUGUCCUGCCAUUGCCGGGAUUCGGUAUCCUUUACCCGGACAACGAGAUGAAAACCUUCUACAAGGAAUUUAUGGGCAGUAAGCGGGGUGGCAAGCUGGACCCGUUUGACAUGCGAAGGAGCUGGAAGGAUAUCAGCUUGAGCGGCGGGUAUCGGAAACUACUUAGCAAACCUGGUCCGGACUAUUCGUUUGAGGUGAAGGCAUAUGCGGGCGAUGAUGAGCAAUUUGUGCAGACGGACCUUGAGAAGCUCAAUAUGGCUUUGAAUGGUGGCAAGAAGAUAGCAGAGCCCUCAGAUGCAACGGAAGGAGUCGAUAUCAAGACUGCAGAUAAGCUGGCGGUGGUUCUGAAAUUACAGCUAGGAUCUAGCCAGUAUGCGACUAUGGCUUUACGGGAGUUAAUGAAAGACGGCGGUGUCAAGACGUACAAGCCGGAUUUUGGUGGGAGAUAG